AUGUCUCAACGGGAACUGAAGGAGGCGUUUAUCAGCAACCUCAACGGGACCAGUCUGGGAGAAGUGGCAUUGGGCUCAUUCCUUACCCCGUUAUGCUUUAUCAACAGAGGACUCAUCUGGAUUUUGUAUUAUCAGGCAAAAGGAACUGUCCCCUUGCCGUUUCCAUGGAUUUCUCACUUUGUACUAGACUUUUGCAUGAUUGUAGCUCCACUUGUACUGUCAUGCACCAUGUUAAGUGACAUUCUGCACUUGGUCAUCCUGGCUUUGGCCUUGGUGUCAGGGGCUUUCCAGUGGUAUGUCUACCACGCCAAGGGCAAUCCUGCUGCUGUACAUCCUCAAACCGUCACCAGCAAGAACUUCCUCAAGAGCCACGUUCAGUCCGGCCGGGUUCCCAUGGUUACUGUCUUUAGAGUUCUUGUGAACAUUAAAACUGCUAUAAGCAUUUUAGCCGUGGAUUUUAAUGUGUUCCCAAGGAGAUAUGCUAAAACUGAAUUGUACGGUACAGGGGUCAUGGACUUUGGCGUAGGGGCAUACGUCUUUGCGAAUGCCCUUGUUUCUCCAGAGGCCCGGGGUAGGACCAUAGUUGGAUCAAAGAUGAAUCACAUCGCUAAGCAGUUGAUGACUGUUUGGCCCCUCCUAGGCCUCGGUUUGAUAAGACUAGCCAGUGUCAAAAUGACCGGAUAUCAUGAGCAUGUGACAGAGUAUGGGGUUCAUUGGAAUUUCUUCUUCACCCUAGCCAUAGUUCGAGUCGUGGCGUCCUUGCUCUUGGCUCUCUUUCCAGUCGGUCACUCUUGGAUCUUUGCCGUCCUGCUGGGUGGUCUUUACCAGUCGGCUCUCGAGACAACAGGUCUGAAAUCCUUUCUGCUCCACAACAAUGACAGGACUGUCGACUUUGUGCACGCCAACAAAGAGGGCCUGUUUUCCGUCCCGGGCUACAUCGCGAUAUACAUGGCGGGAGUUCAAGUCGGCCUCUAUCUCAUGAAGCCAAGGACCUUGGUGAGGGAUUAUUUCAGAGUGAUUUUUAACUUCCUGUGGGGAAGUGGUGUGCUGUAUGGCGGUUUGUUCCUCUGCCAGGCGACCGUUGAGCCAGUGUCCCGGCGGUUGGCAAACUUGUCUUUCUGCCUCUGGAUUGUGGCUCAGUGUAUAUUCUUCCUUGCGUGCCUGGCCUUGGGCGAUAUGGCAUUACUAAUGCUUCAGAGGAAAUCACACUGUUACCUGGUGCCGUCGGCAUGGAACCCACACGAAAAGGACAAAGAUUCAGUCGCAGAGGGAAAGAGGAGGAGUAUGGAUAGAUUUUGUCUCUAUCAGGCGAUAAACCGGAAUCAGUUGUUGUUUUUCUUGAUCGCAAAUGUAACCACCGGCUUGACUAACAUUUUGGUGGACACGUUUAGCACCAGUGAUUAUGUCUCGGUGUCUGUCUUGCUGGCCUACAUGUUUAUUAACUGUGGUGCUGUACAUAUUCUACAUUUGUUUAAAAUAACUGUAAAAUUCUGGUGA